CUGUUUAAUGUUCGUAAAGAUUUAAGAACCGAAAACGAUAGGCUGUUUAAGGGCUAGCGAUUUACUUUGUCCGCAACUGUAAGCCCGACUGCGACUGUGGGAAGUAGCGACUUAUGUGGUAGUGCAUGUGGGCCGGUUCCGAGCACACCAAAGUCAUAAGCGCGUUGAUGCUAGCGCUCGCUAUUCAGUGUCGCUGCAAACAUAUACCGCGUCGGACGUACCGGUGGUGGCGAGCUGUACUCCUUCUGCUAUUAAGCAAAACCGAACCUUCGAUACGGAGUCGAGCUCAAUACGAUUGUUGGGGUGUCGAACGGAUUCAGUUUGUUACGGAAAGUUUAUGUGUGUGUGUGUGUGAGUGUUACUAGCGAGUAAACACAGUCCAAUAGUAACUAGUGUUUAUUAUACCUGAUCAGUGCCGAAGAAGCACGCAUUACAUCGCAAAAAUGUCCAGCACUCUGGGGAAAGCUGGCCGCAUGCUAUUGCUGCUGCUGGGGCUUAUCACACUGCUCAGCUUGCAUCCCGCCAACGGGCAAUGUUCGCCGGGUGACGAAAAGAAGGCGUCGGACAAAGUCGACCCAGACCAGUCCCGGUCCCGACUGUACAAGGGCGAAUCGAUCUUCACCCUGCAGCUGCUUGAUGCCAUCAAUACGGCAACGCCAAACGAAAACAUCUUCUUCUCACCGUACAGCCUGUACAAUGUCUUGCUGAUGAUGUACUUCGGUGCACGAGACACCACCGAGAAGCUACUGCGCACCGGGCUCAAUCUGCAGUGGUCCGACAGCAAGACGACCGUGCAGGAAGCGUACGAUACAUCCCGGAAGUCGUUGCAGGGUCGCUUCAACGAAGCAAACGCCGUUGGGUUUAGUUCGGUCGAUAAACUGUUCUUCGGACGCCAGAUCCCCGUCUCGACCUGCAUGCAGCAAAAGUUUGCCGAUACGAUCGAACUGCUUGACUACGACACGCAGCCCGAGGAGCAGCGUGUGUACAUCAAUCGCUGGGUAGAGAAUGCUACCCGGGGCCAGAUUAAGGACCUGCUGGUACCAGGCUCGAUUACGCGCAACACGAAGCUAGCGAUCGCGAACGCGGCCUACUUUAAGGGCACGUGGCAGACAAAGUUUAAGGCCGGCGAAACGAAGAAGGAAAUCUUUUACAUCUCGGCCGACCGCCAGCUGUUUGUCGACAUGAUGCACGUGGAGGGAACGUUCAGCCAUGCUGCCAACGAAAAGCUGGGCUGCCACAUACUGGAGCUCCCGUACAGUGCCGGUGGCGAGGACGACGACAGCCACCGAGGCGACAAUCCGAAUCAGGUCUCGAUGUUCGUGUUUCUGCCACCGGCCGAACCGAACGCACUGACGAAGCUGCUGGCCCGCCUGGCAGCCGACACCAACAUCCUGCACGAGGUGGUGAACGAUGGCAUCGCGCGCAAGGUGGACGUCAAGCUGCCCAAGUUCAGCAUCGAGAAGACGGUCGAGAUGAAGCCGGUGCUGGAGCGGUUGGGUAUGGGUAGCCUGUUCGAGAACACGGCCAACUUUGACGGUUUCACCGAUGGGCGCGAUCCGAUCGGGUUCGACGAGGUACAACAGAAAGCGAAGAUCGAGGUUAACGAGGAUGGGUCGGUGGCCGCAUCGGCCACCGUUGCCUUCUCGUUCCGAUCUUCCCGCCCGGCCGAUCCGGCCAUGUUCCACUGCAACCAUCCGUUCGUUUUCAUCAUCUACGAUUACGGCACCCGGUCCGUGCUGUUUAACGGGGUGUAUCGUCAGCCGGAGUAAUGCUCCGCUAGCGCAUGGGGAGCGUGCAUUCCAAGUGACCUAUUUCUAAGGGAAAAGACUACGUUUUUUGUUUAGAUCUAUUUAUUUUAACGUCUCGUACAACGGUGCCGAAGGCGGAGAGCAGGCUAGCGGACCAACACAUAGCUCAGCAAAGUGAUCAAGCCGUUGAACUGGGAUCAGUUUUUUUAUGAGACUCCAGUUCGCUUAUUUAGUGUCGCCUUUUCAUACUUAACGAUACGGGAUGAUGUUUGUUAAGGAAUAAAAAAUAUAAAACAAAACAGAUUUUUAUGGUUAAA